UUUUCAGGUAUAUCUGAUUAUACCAUGACUUCUAUUGGAAAAGACACCAAUAUGGCAUCCCCAGAGCAUGGGGAGGAGGAGCAACAGAAUGUCUUGAGGAGGGUGGCUAGUCUACCUUUAGUCAACUCUGCCUAUGAUCUGGCUGCCACUGCAUAUGCUUCCACCAAGGAGAGCCAUCCCUAUGUGAGGUCCAUCUGUGACAUGGCAGAGAAGGGAGUGACGUCCAUAACCAACGUUGCAGUAAGCAGUGCACAGCCACUUGUAACUAAACUUGAACCUCAGGUGAUGACAGCAGAUGAGUGUACUUCUGAAGUACCUGACAAAGUGGAGGAGACUCUACCAAUCUUUCAACAGACUGCUGAUAAGGUUACAUCUGAAACACAGGAGUUGGCAUCUUCCAGACUGACAGAUGUCAAAGAGACAAUGAUCAGAAUGGUAGAUAUGACCAAAGAGGCUGUACAGGAUGGUAUGAAGACCACCAAAUCAAUGGUAACUGACCGCAUGAGCACAGUUGUGGAAUCAAGAAUGGGCCAGUUGGCCAUAAGUGGAAUGGAAGCAGUGCUGGAGAAAUCUGAAGAGCUUUUGGAUCACUAUCUUCCCAUGACAGAUGAUGAACUAGCUGAACUUGCUGAACCUGUGGAAGGUGCUGAAGUGUCUUCAGCACAACCACAAGAGCAUCGGAGUUACUUCGUGCGUUUAGGUUCCCUGUCAACCAAACUUCGCCAACGUGCCUACCGCUAUUCCCUAGACAAGAUGAGACGUACCAGUCAAAACAUCAGAGAGGCUCUUUCCCAGCUUCAUCAAACCAUGGGACUGAUUGAAUACAUUAAGCAAGGUGUUAAACUUCAAGAAGUCCAAGAGAAGUUCCAUCACAUAUGGCUGAGCUGGAAUAGAGAGCAGCCAAAAGGCAGGGAGAUCAAAGAUUUGGCAAAACCAGAGAUGGAGUCUGAGACUUUGGCUAUGUCCCGCAGCAUUAUCCAGCAGCUGCAGGAUGCCUGCCAGAUGCUAGUAUCCAGCAUUCAAGGUCUCCCCACCACCUUUCAGGAUAAGGUGCAACAGGUGUAUCACAACAUGGAAGAGCUUCAUGAUUCUUUCUCCACUGCCCAUUCCUUCCAGGAUCUCUCCAGCAGCCUCCUGACUCAGAGCCAGGAGAUGGUGACCAAGGCCCAGGAAUAUGUGGAUGAGCUGAUGGCAUACAUGAUGGAGAAUACUCCUCUGUCUUGGAUUGUGGGACCCUUCACCCCAUCGGGUAAGGUGUCUGCAGAUUCCAUUGAACCACAAAACCAAGAAAAUGAGGCUGAGGAAGCUGAAGUCGUCACAGCAUCCAAGUCUGAGGAGGCCUUGUGACCUAGAAACAUAAAACUUCUUCUCUUAAGGAAGAAGGCAGAAUUCCUUGUCUCCACAGAUUCAGUCAGUCUUCCUUGUGACUCCAUGUGUACUAGCACAGGUCUGCAGGAAAGACCCCAAUGGCUAGUACUAGUAAGCAAUGUGUGCCUCAUCUCUAACUUCUGGAGGUGUUGUGUCUUCUAUAAUAGAGAUCACUUCUCAGCUCAGAUACUACUUGUUUGUGUUUAA